AUGUCCAACUUUCUCAAUCAGGAUUUUGGUUCCGAUGACGAGGACGAUGACUUCAACCCCAUUGCCCAUGAUGACUCAGAUGCCGAGGAAAAGGAGGCGAAGCCGGCGAAAGAGGAACUCAAUGGUGCCGACGAUGAUGUAAAACAUGACGGCGAUGCGCCAGAGGAUGAGGACGAUGAUGCAAAGGAUGUCGCGGAAGAUGAGGACGGCGACGAUGAUGAUGACGAAGAGGGAGAAGAGGAGGAAGAAGAGGCCGUUUCGGGCCGACCUCGCAAGCGCAGACGCGGUGGCGUGCACUCCUUCUUCGAAGAAGAGGCCGGUGUGGAUGAGGAGGAAGAUGAAGCUGAGGAAGAGGAAGACGAACUUGCCGAGCUGGGUCAUGAAAUGCACCCGGACGACCUCGAUGCCCUGCCCGUGGGCGCUGAAACAGACGACCGCCGUCACCGGGAGCUGGAUCGCCAGCGUGAGAUCGAUGCGAGCAUGGACGCAGAGAAGCAGGCGCAGAUGCUCAAGGAACGCUACGGUCGAAAUCGCGCAGCGGCGUCGGACGCUCUCGUGGUCCCCAAACGUCUGCUGCUCCCCAGUGUGGAGGAUCCCAGCAUCUGGGGUGCCCGCUGCAAGCCCGGCAAGGAGCGUGAGGUUGUUUUCUCUAUUCAGCGGAGAAUUGAGGAGCGUCCUGCUGGCUCUCGGAAUCCCAUCCGCAUUAUUUCUGCCUUCGAGCGAGGGAAUGUCAUGCAGGGCUGGUUCUACUGUGAGGCGCGCCGACAAGCUGAUGUCGUCGAAGGCCUCGAAAAUAUUGCCUUCUACUACCCAUCUCAAAAGAUGACUUUGGUCCCGGUGAAGGAGAUGCCGGAUCUUCUUCGUGUUCAGAAGUCGGAAGAACUUUUGCCUGGCGGUUGGGUCCGCAUUAAGCGCGGUAGAUACCAGGGUGAUUUGGCACAGAUCGAGGAGGUUGAGACGAAUGGCCUCAAUGUCACCGUGCGUGUCGUCCCCCGACUGGAUUAUGGCAUGAAUGAAGAUGCCGCAGCGGCCCGCGGCCUUGAUGCGAAGCGCAAACGUGGUGCUGCCAAUAUGGUUCGCCCCCCGCAGCGCCUGUUCAGCGAGGCCGAGGCCAAAAAGAAGCAUGCGAAGUACCUGUCAGCCACUUCUGGAUUGGGUGGCAAGUCCUGGAACUACCUUAACGACAACUACGUUGAUGGCUUUCUCAUCAAGGAUAUGAGAGUCAACCAUUUGAACUCCAAGAAUGUCAACCCCCGACUGGAGGAGGUGACCAUGUUUGCUCGUGGCGGCGAGGAUGGUACGGCGAACUUGGAUCUGGCCUCGCUGGCCGAGACCUUGAAGAACUCUACUGCCGAAGACUCUUACCAACCCGGGGACCCCGUGGAGGUGUAUCGGGGCGAACAACAGGGCCUAGUUGGUCGCACAGUGUCGACUCGGGGCGAUAUCGUCUCAUUGCAGGUCACUGAGGGUGAUCUUACCGGCCAGACCAUUGACGCGCCUGUUCGUACUCUCCGUAAACGCUUCCGGGAGGGUGAUCACGUCAAGGUGAUUGGGGGUAGCCGAUACAACAAUGAGCUGGGUAUGGUGGUGCAGGUCAAGGAUGAUACCGUCACCCUUCUCAGCGACAUGAGCAUGCAGGAGAUCACAGUCUUCAGCAAGGACCUCCGGCUCUCUGCCGAAAUGACUACUGAUGGACAACUGGGCAUCUAUGAUGUUCAGGACCUGGUCCAACUUGAUGCUGCCACGGUUGCCUGUGUCAUCAAAGUCGACCGCGAGUCUCUGCGGGUCGUGGAUCAAAACGGUUCUGUGCGCAAUGUCCUUCCCACCCAGAUUGCCAACAAGAUCACUCCUCGCCGCGAUGCAGUAGCAACUGACCGCAAUGGCGCCGAGAUCCGACAUGGUGAUACUGUUCGCGAAGUGUACGGGGAGCAGAGAAGCGGCGUCAUUUGUCAUAUCCACCGUUCAUUCCUCUUCCUACACAAUAAGGCGCAGGCUGAAAAUGCCGGUAUCACUGUGGUGCGAACAACAAACGUCGUCACCGUGUCGGCGAGAGGCGGUCGGCCUGCUGGACCUGAUCUCACGAAGCUGAACCCCGCUCUCAAUCAGCAGGGUGGAAGAGGUGGUGGUGGUGCAAUGCCACCUCCUCAACGUGGCCGUGACAGGUUGGUCGGAAAGACCGUGACGAUCCGGAAGGGUCGCUACAAGGGUCUCAUUGGUACUGUGCGAGAUGCAGACGACACAUCUGCUCAGGUUGAGCUCUAUACGUCCAACAAGCCCGUGAUUUUAGCCCGGGAUAUUUUGACUCCUAAAGACCCUGUUUCCAAACAAACACUCGAUAUGGGUCGUGGAAGAGGCUCCCGUGUACCAUUCGGUUCAUCUGGGGCUCCCGCAAGAGAUGGAUGGCAAGGUGGUCGAACCCCCAUCGCCGCUGUGGAUUCUUCAAGAACUCCGGCAUGGGGAGGGUCAUCUUCACGCACCCCUGCGUGGGGUGGCAUGAGCAGUGCCGGUGCGGCCGGCGCCCGUACCCCAGCAUGGAAGGCGGACGGAUCACGCACUUCAAACCCUUACGAUGGAAGUCGCACGGCCUAUGGCGGCCUUGGAAACCGCACUCCCGCGUGGAAUUCUGGCUCCCGGACUCCAUACGACGGCGGCUCCGGCUUUGAUGCCUUUGCUUCGGGGUCUCGCACUCCUGCCUGGGGUGGUGCGGGUGGUGCCAACGCUGGCAAUCGCACCCCAGCUUGGGGCGGGCUUUCUAAUGGCCGAGACCAACGAGACUUCGAUGACGCUCCUACUCCCGGUGCUAAUUACUCUGCGCCUACUCCCGGGGAGUACGCACCAACGCCAGGCGCAUCCGCCCCGACCCCUGGCGCAUGGCCUGACAAUGCCCCCACUCCCGGCGGAGCUUUCAGCGCGCCUACUCCCGGUGGCCCCUCCAAGCGAGGCUAUGAUGCGCCGACGCCCGCUGCAUACCCCUUCGAUGCACCAACACCGGCGAUGGGUAGCGGCAUGGCUGCCACGCCCGGAGCAGGCUAUGGCGGCGAUGAUGGUGGGCCACGGUACGAUGAGGGCACCCCCAGCCCGUAA